AUGUCCGCCACAUCCUCCUCGCAGAUUGGUCCGAUUCUCAUCGGCACAGGUAUCAACUGGUUUCUCCUGGGCACGCUCUGCGUCCAGCUGUACUUUUUCGAAAACAACCAGAGUGCUAAGAAGGACAGAGGAUGGUUGCGCAUCAUAGUGCACAUAAUAGUCUGGAUCAAUGUUCUUGAGACUUGCCUCUGUGCACAUAUUCUCUGGUUCUUUGCAAUUUCCCAUUGGGGGGAUCCAGAACUUUUGAUAGGUCUAACUCCCUGGAGCUCAUUGGCCGUAGGUCCUCUGUCUAGUGUCGUCGCGGUGCUCGUCCAAUGCACAUACGCACGGCGCAUUUGGCAGAUCACAGAAAGCUUCGUAUUACGCGCGUUCUCUUGCGUGGCUACCGUGUUAUCCUUCACGCACUUUGGCGCUGUGGUAGCUUUUACCAUCUAUUCACAGAUUGGCACUGCACAAAGUACGGAGAAUGCGAUCAUCGUUGACCUUGUGACAAGUUUCGUCGCGGAUUUGCUCAUCGCAGUUUCUAUCUUCAUCCCGCUCUAUAAUGCCCGUGCACGGAGCUCUGCAUGGACGGACACACGGUCGCUGUACGAUCGCCUGAUAUUCGUCGUGAUAUCGACAGGCGUAUUGACUGCUACUAUGGCUGGUGUGACACUCGGGCUGUAUGUGCACAGUCCCAGUGGUAACGCUUGGGAAAUACCGGCAUUCUUCAUUUGUAAACUCUAUGCCAAUAGCUUCAUAGCGGCUCUCAAUGAUCGCUUCUUCCGUUCUGAAGAGCGCACAUACCACUCCAGUCAGAGCCUGCCGACGCACGGCAGCCUCCGUUCUGGCGGCCUGGCUACAAUCCACUUCUCCGACGACAGUAGUCGCAGCGAGGACACUGCAAUUGAUCUUCGACCACGCCGUUCAUCCGAUCUACGCGUGUCCACGGAGCAUCAUGUCACGGCGCCCGUGAUUGGUCGCUACGCGGGAAGUAUUGACGAAUCGGUGAUCAUCUCGGGAUCUAAGAAAGCCAAUCUCUAA